GAUUCAAUUUGUAACUCAGGACUGCCUGUAUUUCCAUUCCUGGCUUUUGAAGCAAAUGUGCAGCUGGGCUCACUUCUUUGAUCCAACCAGCACUCAGUGCUUUGCACAUCGCAACAUGAUGUGUCCCAUUUGGAGCUCUGCUCCAUUUGCAGACCAGCUUUGAUUCUCUUUGAAUGGAGGAAGCAGGUGGCCCUCGGUGUUUGGGGCUGGACUGGAUGGCCCCUUGAUUCCCCGCCGCCUUGUGAUGCCAUAUUCUUCGGGGAAUCCAGUUUUACAUACAUGCACAGGUGCCUCUCUCCGCAGCCAGCUGCUGCCUCGGCACAAUUGGAAGGAUUAACCUCUGACAUGGGGCUGGGUUUGAGAAGGAGACGGGGGCAGAAAGAAAGAGAAAGAAAGGAAGGAAGGAAGACCACAAAGAGAGAAGGAACAUCUGAUGCACAGAAGCGAGGCAGCAAGAACUGCAGGGCUUCGUAGCAGAAGGACAAAAUCCGGACCAUCCUGGAAAGGAGCAUUGGGAUGAAUAACUCCACUGGCACAUGGCUUGUGGGCGGGCGUUGCCUUCUUAGUGACCCCGUCCAGUUCAUCCUGGUGCCGGCCGUCUACUGCCUGGUGCUGUGUGUGGGCUUGCCGGGCAACAUGGCCGCCCUCCUUGUGUUCCUCCAGAGCGGACGGGUGCGCAAGGCCAUCCGCAUCUACCUGCUCAACCUCACCCUGGCGGACAUCUUCUUCAACCUCACCCUGCCCUUCUGGAUCCCCUACUACUGGGCAGAGGGCCACUGGGUUCUGCCCGAAGCCUUCUGCCGCUUGGCUGGGGCCACCUAUUAUUUGGCUACUUACAGCGCCAUGGCUUUCAUGACCCUCAUCAGCUUGAACCGCUAUUGCACCGUGGCCAAGAUGGAGCUGGCUUUGAACAAGCCCCGGGGAGCAUUGGUGGGGUGUACCUUGGCCUGGGGUCUGUGUGCGGCUUGUGCCGUCCCCUCCUUGGCUACUCAGCAGACCCACCAGGACGGGUCGCUCCACACGAAAUGCUUUGAGGAACAUACGGGACGGAGGAGCUAUGCUUACGUCAUGGUGCUUCUCUUCGCGGCCUCCUUCUUGGUGGUCUUGGGGGCCUACAUCUCCAUCAUGAGGUCCCUCUCGGUUGCCACCGGGCCCUGUCAAGGUGGACACCGCCGCCGGGCUCAAGUCAUGGUCCUGGGCAUGCUUUUGGUGUUUGUGGUCUGCGUGGCUCCCUACCACCUCUCCCUGGUGCCUUGGGUGGUCAACCGGAUGUCCAGUCCAUUCGGUGGACCCCCGUCAUUCCUGGACAACCUGCACAUGCUCAGUGUGGCUCUCUUGAGUCUCAACAGCUGCAUUGACCCACUGAUCUACUGUUUCGCUAUCAAGCGUUUCAGGGCAGAUCUGUGUUUGAUGGUGCGGAAGGUCACCAGGUGUCGUCGACUACGUUCAAGACCAUCUCAGCCAUCACCUUUACCACCGGCAUUGGAAAACAAAUUCCCACUCAACUUCAGGUCGUCUUCCUUAACCUCCUCAUAGCUUGGCUUUGGGAACAUUAUUAUAUGUUUGACCACCAAAGGGAUCCCCAGAUCUCAGACGUUGGCGCUAGGGUUCUAGGCCUGGACCUUCUCCUCUGGUUCUCAGGAUGAGGAACCUCAUGGCCUUGAAAAGUGUGUAUGUGAGACGUUGUGUUGCUUAAUUUUGUCCUCUGUACAACUGUAGUUCAUGCAUUGUGCUCAGUAUCAUCAAGGGGAUGCCUCUUGUAACAUAACAUCAACGUCUAUAUAUUGGUUCUAGAUCUUGGGAACGGAAGCUGAAAUCUCAAGUUCAGGAGAUGGAACCUCAAGGUGAGGGACAACUCUAACUACCAACCCCCAGAAAUCCUCAAAUUUCUUCUAAUUCAGGUCUUGGGAUCAUCACUUUUUCAGACAACAGCUUCUUUGUACUCGGAUUGCAGCGAUUUAGGCCAGUGGUUCCCAAACUUAUUUGGCCUACCACCCCCUUUCCAGAAAAAAUAUUAGUACCCCCUGGGGGGCGUGGCUUAGAGAGGUGGGCGUGGAUCCUGCUCAAGAGGGCAGGGCUGAGCCUCUCCCCUAGUCCAAGAUGCAGGGCUGGGAGGGGGAGGUGGACGGGGCCACAAAUAGGCAGAGGACUGGGAUGGGUGGAGUUACGAGCUCUGAGACAGGGCUGAGCUUCUAUCCCUGUCCUGGACACAGGGGGCGGGGCUAGAGGAGGGGGCGGGGCCUCUUCCCAAGUGCCUGAUGGAGCUCAACCUCUAUACCCUGCCCCCGUGUUCUAACAAGCCCUUCAGGGGAGGCAUAUAGAGGCUCAGCCCUGUCUCAGGCUCUUGGAAGGAGGCCCCGCCCCCUUCCCUAGCUCCGCCCUCUGUGUUCCAACAAGCGCCUCAGUAGAGGUAUAGAGGCUCAGCCCUGUCUCAAGCUCUUGGAAAGAGGCCCCGCCCUCACCCUAAGCCCCACACUUUAGUCCUAAAAGGCCUCUCAGGAGAGGUAUAGAGGCUCAGCCCUGUCUUGUGCUCUUAGGAAGAGGCCCCGCCCCCACCUUUAGCCCCGCCCUUUAGUCCUAAAAGACCUCUCAGGAGAGCUAUAGAGGCUCAGCCCUGUCUCAGGCGCUUGGAAGGAGGUCCCGCCCCCUUCCCUAGCUCCGCCCUUUAGUCCUAAAAGGCCUCUCAGGAGAGGUAUAGAGGCUCAGCCCUGUCUCAGGCUAUUGGUAAGAGGCCCUGCCCCCACCCCUAGCCCCACCCUUUAAUCCUAAAAGGCCUCUCAGGAGAGCUAUAGAGGCUCAGCCCUGUCUCACGCUCUUGGAAGAAGGUCCCGCCCCCUUCCCUAGCUCCGCCCUUUAGUCCUAAAAGGCCUCUCAGGAGAGGUAUAGAGGCUCAGCCCUGUCUCAGACUCUUGGAAGGAGGCCCCUCCCCCUUCACUGGCUCCGCCCUCUGUGUCCCAACAAGAGCCUCAGUAGAGGUAUAGCUCCUCAGCCCUAUCUCAGGCUCUUGGGAAAAAGCCAUGCCCCUCCACUAUCCUGGCCCCCGUGCCCUAAUAUGUGCCAUCACCGCCCCCCUGGAUCACUACAGCGCCCACUAGGGGGCGGUAACGCCCACUUUGGGAAUCACUGAUUUAGGCAAACUGAGGCUGAAGGGAGAAAGUUGUAGGAGGGUCCUACAAGACCAGGUCCUUGUUGUGCCUCCCAAAACAACACUCUGAGCCCAGAGUAAUCAAAGAGCAUUUUUUAAUAAUUAUCAUAGUCAUUAUUGUUAUCAUCAUCAUCAUUAUAAUAAUAAUAAUUAUAAUUCCCAAUACGGCUAAAUUCGUUACAAUAAAAAUGGAAACCACA